CAAAUUUGCGGAACUAAUGUGUGUAUUAUCGCAAUUUUCACGUCCUGACUGCGUUAUAACGAGCCAGCUGUCGUGCCGUAGUAGCCAGACACCAGUGCGCAGUACAUCGAGUCACGUGGACAGGUCUGCAGAUUCUCGAUUUCUAACCUGCAGCUCACGCAUCCAAGUUGUUAUUGUAGUGACCUGAAUCACGUACUCAGAAAAAAACAUCUGCGACAAGUCCUGAGAGGCUUCCUCGAGGUGCUCACCAACAGGAAAGGAAUUUGAACCUGUCUCAACUCCGGCAGCUGGGCGAGACGAUUCCUGGACUUUUUGCGCCUCGGCUAACAAGACAGCAAGGGUUCAAGCAUAAAAGUUAUUGACCUCAAAGCUGACCUCUCGUCUCAAAACUGACCAUGAUCACGUGUCACCUGUUCCUGUGGUUGGCUGUGUGGACGGUCCUCUCGUCUAACCAAGUCACAGAUGGAAAGCGGGUAGUUGUCAUGCCCAUGGCCACGACGAGCCACACCAAAUACAUGGCCCACGUGGCACAGGCCCUCGCACGGCAAGGUCACGAGGUGUGGGUGACCAUGCCCGACUAUAUCGUCAACAAGCGCGUGCUGGACACGACCAACUUCACCGUCAUCGAGCUGUCAGCGUUCCCAAACAACGAAGAUUUUGUGAAAAGUUUAGUAGAGAAGUAUUUUAAAGGUCAACAGGUAGACAUACAAAUAUUUUCGAGAAAUGGGAAAGAAUUCUGUGAUCGUAUCCUUGGCGACAAGUCGUUAUUUGAGGAGAUUAAAGCUUUAAGUCCAGACUUCUUCGUACUUGACAAUUUGGCAAUAACAACAAUGUUGGCGAUAAUACCUUAUCGACUUGGUGUGCCGUUCGCCUUUGUUGGAACAGUCUAUGAACCAAAUAUACAAAGAAUACCUGUACUACAUUGCAACAUGCCCUCUGUCACCAAUGGUUUCAGUCAUCCUAGAAACUUUUAUAAGAGCAUAGUCAGUUCAUUGGAUGGUCUUUCUUUUGCCGUGGAAGAUCCAUAUGUCUACAACGAUGCAGUCAGUCGCUAUGCACCAGAAAUGCCUUAUCUCCCCAUGGACAUGCUCACAGCCAGAGCUGAGAUCUGGCUGGUUGAGACAGACCAUAUCCUAGACUACCCCAAACCCACUAUGCCCAACGUCAAACUAAUUGGAGGAACAGCUACAGGUCCUGGUAAACCGUUGCCACCAAAGUUUAAACACUUUAUGGAUGAUGCUGAAGAAGGUGUUGUCAUUGUUUCUUUUGGGAGCCAAGUUCUCAGUCCACCAACAUCAAUUACACAGAAAUUCCUCAAAGUAUUAACAGAUUUACCUUUUAAAUCCAUUUUCCUUUCAAACACUUCUUCACCGAACUCAGACAAGAUUCUAACGUCGUCAUGGAUACCCCAGAACGACCUGCUGGCUCACCCCAACACUCGUGUGUUUGUCAGUCAUUGUGGUAAGAACGGUCAGUACGAGGCUCUGUUCCACGCGGUGCCAGUGGUGGCCACACCGAUCCUUGCUGACCAGUUCUACAACGCUGAGCGCAUGCGCGUGAAGGGGUUCGCAGAGACUGUCGACCUCAACACCGUCAGUACAGACGAGUUGUACACCACCAUUGUCCAAGUGGCGACCAACAAGAGCUACAAGCAGGCCAUCACAAAAGCCUCGGAACUGUUUAAAAUAGAGUUCGGUGUUCCUGUGGAGAAAGCGGCCUUCUGGCUUGAUCACGUGAUGAAAUAUGGCGGUGACCACUUGCGUUCGUCAGGCCAGGAACUUCCUUUCUAUCAGUUUGCUUGCUUGGACGUGUAUGGCUUUUUUCUAGUGUGUGUGCUACUGACAUUGCUGACAGCUGUAUGUUCCUUCUAUGUAGUAUGCCGCUAUAUCUACAUGAAAUCAAAAAGAAAAAAGGAUUAGUAAGAAUGACGACAAAAAGAUGUAAUUCUUUAAUUAACUUUUUUUUUCGACGAUGCCAAAUAAACAUAAUCACAUUGUAUAUUUUUUCUUCCUGCUACUAGGUGUAUGAAUAGCAUUUCUCGGUAAUGAAUUCAGCUUAUCACCACAAAGGAACAAAUAAACAGCUUUUUAAUUACAAAGUGUAAACAUUUGAACUAAUAGAUGUUUAAUAUAUAUUUCUUUUUUGUCACUUUUUCUUCGUAUGUUCUUUAUAGACUUGAAACUAUUUGGUUGAUUUUGUUUAUUCCUUUUUCUUUUAUGUCUUGAUGACUUUAUCCCUUGUAACCACUAGGAGCUUUUAAUAUGCGAGGUGUUUUAAUUUAACCAGAGCGUUUAUACAAAAUUUUAUUUCUCUGUUUCUGUACAUUAUUAUUACAAUAAUUGCCUACCAACACAAUUUAAAUUCUUUUCCCAAGCGUUUUGUAACUCUAUGAAUUUUUAACGACAUCAAAUAAUAAACAGCUCUUUAAUUUUC